AGGUGUGCCAAGGUUUCUGAGAGAGGUGUGUCUCUACAGUUGUGUGCUCACUUUCUGCAGAAUCAACUCUCUUUCCUUUCUGUAGGAGUACUCCCGGUCUCUCCUUCCUCUGUCCCCCCUUCUCUCAGCGUCUCUCCUAACCGCCGGAGAAGAGAAUGGGUUUCUGGUCCGAGUGUUAUUUCACUGGCGGGGGACUGACAGCAGGGGGCGCUGUGUGACUCUGCACGCAUUCAAAGCAACCCAAGAACUGAGGGCUGCCUGUCUCACAGAGGCUCCACUGGGGGUGUGUGUGGCCUCCCUCCCUCUCCCCAGCUCGUGGCUGAAGGCCCGAGACCCCGUCCUGCCCGCGCAGAAACACACACCGGCGCACAGACACAAGCCAAGGCGCCACAGAGGCAGCGCAGCUAGCGGCUCCAGCCCCAUGGACGCCCAAGUGCAGCUCUAUUACUCCGACGACGGCCCUCCUGCGCUAAUGGACGGGGCGCCACCUAGCUGUUUGGAGGCCAGACUGGAGCGCUCUCAGAGCAAGCUGUAUUACACGGGAGCAGUGAGGCUGACGGGGGGCGAGAGAGCCAGGAACACAAUGAGGAAUGAUUGGCAGCCUCCUGGCUCCUGUGUUGGGGCCCAGGACCGAGCUGGUUCAGACAAACAGGAGGAUGCCUCCUCUCUGCAGCAGGCGGAGGAGGAGCUCUGGCUGGAUCCCGAUGUGUUCAUUAGAUACCAGAGGGGGCCGGCGAGGUUCAGCCAGCCGGUAGCCGUCUCGGUCCGCCUGCGGUCCAACUUCAGCGCUGAUUUCGUGGUGAUAAGGUUAAAGGUUAAGAAAGGGCAGAUGACAGUUUUGACAGUUCCAGUCAUGACCUCUGGCCUUUGGGUCGUUGCCAUGGAGAAAUCUGUGGGAGCAAAACAGGAAACAACAUCACUGAUCUGCCAUCGCCUGAAGGGACUCACCCAGACACUCAGUUCCUCUCUCUAUCAGGAGGUGGCCUGCAUCUCUCUCCAGUGCGAAGGGGACUCUGUCUCCAAGGGUGCGGUCAGUCGCAGGGUGUUCUGGAGGGUGGAGUACUCAGGACACAAUAACCCCAUGCCACCUCUGGGGGGCACCGCAUCCUUGUUUACCUUCUCCCACAGAGACAUAGUGGGCAUUGCACCGAUCACCGAGACCGCUUCUCUGAUCAACACGGCCAUUCUCACUGGCCAGCCCGUGUCACUUCCUGUGACCGUCCUUGCUGUGGGGCAUGAUGGGAAGGUGUCUGACGUCACCAGUGCCGUCACCUGUCACUCUGCUGAUGAGGACAUCAUUAAGGUGUCAAGUGACUGCUCCACCCUCUUUGUAGACGGGAGCGAAUCAGGGCGAGGGGGCGUGUGUGCAGGGGUGGAGUUCUCCCUGGGCUCGUUCUCCGCCUCCCUCUGCCUGUCGGUGUGGGUUCCACAGCUUCCCCUGACCAUUGCACUGUCCGACUCCCAGCUCAGUCAGAUAGACGGCUGGACAGCCCACACUGAGACGGGUUGUUCUCCAGUGUACCAGCGGUCCACAGUUCAGAUCUGGGCUCAGUUUGCUGCUAUGCCAGUGGAUGCCCGACGUCAGGUGACGUACCUGCUGGGCUCCCCUGACUGGUUUGUGGAUGUGACAGCGCUUGCCCGUCACGGGCUGAGAGUGGAAAACCCCCGAGUUGCCAGUCUUGAUGAGCACGGCAUUCUGAUUGGUUUAGAGCCAGGAGUGACAUCACUGCAGGUAGUGUCCAGCCAGUGGGACAGUGUGCUAGGGGAGUCAGAGGUCACAGUAUCAGCUGACCCUGUGAAACUUGGUGACCUCAAGGUCCAGCUAGUGAGUGGGCUGACCUUGUCAAUCACUGCCAGUCCCUCCCACCCUUCUGUCAUCACAGCAACUGUCUCAGCACAACACAUCCUGUACACAUAUGGACAGGAAGCCUCUCUCAGCAUAUGGCUACAGUUCAGUGAUGACACACUUGCCCCUUUGGCUUAUUACGACGCCAUCUCCUAUUCCCUGCGCCUUACCUCACUGGCUGAAUCUGUGGUGUCCGUGGUAACCGCUCCUCCUGGCUCUCAGCCGUCUGUCCUGCCCCAGGUGGUUGCUCGGGGUGAUGGGGGCGGGCCUCUGCUGAGGGCGGAGCUUCUCCCCAGGGCUUGUCCCAGCCAGCCGCCCAGCACUGGGGAAGUGGGUGCAGGUCUGCCCUUGGCCCGCGGGUCUGGCUGGGUCAGGGUGAACCUUGACCACCCCUCCCGGCCGGCUGGGGCCGAAGACAUGGAUUUCGAGCUCCUGGAGAUUUCCGAUUUUUUCUUAGAACCGGAUUCAGAGAUGGAUCAGGAAUCCUUUGCUAUUCCAGCUAAUGACAGCCACCCAGGACAUACGCAGAGGGAAGAGAGCGCUGUGCUGAGUCCCCAUCACGUGGAGAACGGAGUGUUUGCACCAAACGGUUCCGAUGUACCUUUGGUGCCAAGGGAGGGGAAAAAGCAAGAAACAGAGGAGCUGAAGGUGGGGCUGGCAGCUCUGCUCUCUCUGCUCUGCCUCUCUGCCCUCCUCUUCCUCGUCAACUGCGUGCCCUGCACCCUGAGACAGACAGGAAGGGAUAGAGGGACAAAGAGGAGCCUGACAGAGGGAGAGGGUCAGAGAGAGAAUGAGGAGGCUGAGGACCAGCCACACAACCCUUAAGACUCUGAGCGAGAGAGAUAGAGAGAAACUGAACACACUGUACAUUAACACUGCACUGAGAGAGAGGGGUUAAUACAGU